CAGCAACUACGUCAGUCCCUCUCUGUCUCUUUCUCUCUCUCUCUUUGGCUUGUCGGGUUCGAAUUCUAGGGCGACAGUUGGGGUUCCGGAGAUGACGACGAUGGAGAGUUUGAUCGGCCUAGUGAAUCGCAUCCAGAGGGCGUGCACGGUGCUCGGCGACCAUGGCGGCGCCGACGGGGCCCUGCCGACGCUCUGGGAGGCGCUCCCCUCCGUCGCCGUCGUCGGUGGACAGAGCUCGGGGAAAUCAUCGGUCUUGGAGAGCAUCGUUGGGCGUGAUUUCCUGCCUCGUGGAUCUGGAAUCGUCACGAGGAGACCCUUGGUGCUGCAGCUUCACAAGACGGAGGAAGGGCAGCCAGAAUAUGCGGAGUUCCUUCACUUGCCAAAGAGGAAAUUUACUGAUUUCGCUCUUGUGCGCAAGGAAAUCCAAGAUGAAACUGACAGACUAACAGGGAAAACAAAACAAAUUUCUCCUGUUCCGAUUCAUCUAAGCAUUUACUCUCCCUUCGUUGUGAACCUAACACUUAUUGAUCUACCGGGUCUUACAAAGGUUGCUGUAGAGGGGCAGCCUGAUAGUAUUGUGCAAGACAUUGAAAAUAUGGUUCGGACAUAUGUUGAGAAGCCAAACUGCAUAAUAUUGGCCAUUUCUCCUGCCAAUCAAGAUAUUGCAACAUCUGAUGCCAUCAAACUUGCUAGAGAAGUUGACCCGACAGGGGAAAGAACAUUUGGAGUAUUGACAAAGUUGGAUCUAAUGGAUAAGGGAACAAAUGCGCUUGAUGUUCUUGAAGGAAGAUCUUAUAAGCUUCAGCAUCCUUGGGUUGGAAUUGUUAACCGUUCACAAGCAGAUAUUAAUAAGAAUGUUGACAUGAUUGUUGCCAGGCGAAAGGAAAGGGAGUACUUUGCAAAUAGUCUGGAUUACUCACAUUUAGCUAGUAAAAUGGGAUCAGAAUAUCUUGCUAAACUUCUCUCACGACAUCUGGAAUCUGUAAUCAGGGCACGUAUUCCAAGUAUUUCAUCUUUGAUAACUAAAACCAUUGAUGAACUGGAAUCUGAGAUGGAUCAUCUUGGUAGACCCAUUGCUUUGGAUGCAGGGGCACAAUUGUACACUAUACUGGAGCUUUGUCGUGCAUUUGACAAGAUAUUCAAGGAGCAUCUGGAGGGAGGGCGUCCUGGUGGUGAUCGAAUUUAUGGUGUCUUCGAUAAUCAACUCCCUGCUGCUUUGAAGAAACUUCCAUUUGACCGGCAUCUUUCGCUGCAAAACGUGAAGAAAGUGGUCUCAGAAGCUGAUGGUUAUCAGCCCCAUUUGAUUGCUCCUGAGCAAGGUUAUCGUCGCUUAAUCGAGAGUUCUUUGAACUAUUUUAGAGGCCCAGCUGAAGCAUCAGUGGAUGCUGUGCAUUUUGUUCUUAAAGAGUUGGUGAGGAAGUCGAUAGGAGAGACCCAGGAGUUGAAAAGAUUCCCCACUCUCCAAGCAGAACUAGCAGCUGCUUCUUAUCAAUCCCUGGAAAAAUUCCGUGAAGAUAGCCGCAAGACAGUUAUACGUUUGGUUGAUAUGGAGGCAUCAUAUUUGACAGUAGAUUUCUUCCGCAAGCUCCCUCAGGAAGUGGAGAAAGCUGGGAAUCCUGCCACCCCCACCAUUGAUAGAUACACUGAUGGGCACUUCAGGAGGAUAGCUUCAAAUGUUUCCUCCUAUAUAUCAAUGGUGUCAGAAACACUCAAGAACUCGAUCCCCAAGGCAGCAGUCUAUUGUCAAGUUAGAGAAGCCAAGCGCUCUUUGCUCAAUCACUUCUAUACGCAAGUGGGAAAGAAAGAGGGAAAGCAGCUUUCUCAGCUGUUGGAUGAAGAUCCUGCAUUAAUGGAGCGCAGGCUGCAAUGUGCUAAGAGACUCGAGUUGUAUAAAAAUGCAAGAGAUGAAAUUGAUGCAGUAUCAUGGGCCAGAUAAGACUCAGUACCAUAUGUUGGCUUGAAGAUCGUACCUAGGAGUUCAGUAUUAUAUGUGGCUUUUCAUCAUGUACCUCAUCUCCCAUGAUGCAAUUUUUUGCAUUGUUUUCUUGUCGAGCAAUGUUGUUGAUGGUAUGCAUCGUUUGCAGAACUCCUUGCUGUAUUGAAACUGUCUUACUGAAAUUAUGUACUUAUGUGUUCAUCUCU